CUCUAUUUGUCAGGCAGUAGAGAAGAGCCGGGCAUCGAGUAAACAGGGAAACCGACGGGUUUCCACUGAAUUUAUCGCGGAUUCCCGGUGGUUUAUGAUUUGUACUCGGUCACGACGGACUAUUCCGACAUGGUGGUGGUAACAGCAGGGACCGGCGGAGCCCACAAGGUGCUCCUGAUAUCCGGGAAGCAGAACGGCGGCUCGCAGACGGCGGCGGCCUUCGGCCGGCAGAUCUCCGUGGUUCUCCCGGCCAGCGGCGUGUCGUCGGACUCUGACUCCAACACGUCCGUGGGUCCGCCGGUCCGGAAGAGGCAGCGGCUGACACAUUUGAGUCCGGAGGAGAAAGCGCUUCGCAGGAAACUGAAGAACAGGGUGGCAGCUCAAACAGCAAGAGACAGGAAAAAGGCCAAAAUGGGAGAGCUGGAACAGCAGGUCAUAGAGUUGGAGCUGGAGAAUCAGAAACUUCACAUCGAAAACAGACUGCUCCGAGAGAAGACGGGCGGUCUGCUGACAGAAAACGAGGAACUGAGACAGAGACUGGGGUUGGACACCCUGGACUCGAAAACAAAGGUUCAGGUUCUGUUGUCCAACGGGAAGGACACAGGUUUGGGGAUCGGGUCUUCUGAGUGCAGUACUCAGGCUACGUGUGCCUCCGCAGCAGGUGCAGGCCCAGCAGUCCUUAAAUCUGAAAACUUCACAAUGGCUACAGAUUGUCCUGACUCUACAGACAAUGAGUCUGAUUUGCUGCUGGGCAUUCUGGACAUCCUUGACCCAGAGCUGUUCCUCAAGUCUUGUGAGCAGGUGUGCGAGGAGCCGCAGGUGCUGCUGGUUGGAGGGGGGGACCCAGUACCUGCCGCCCCACCUGCGCCUGUGGGGGCCCCACCAGUUAAGCUGGAGACCCUUAAUGGACUGAUCCACUUCGACCACAUCUACACGAAGCCCGUGGAGGAAGUGGGCGACACGGAGAGCGGCACAGAUGAGAAGAUGGAGGAGGAGGAGGUGACCGAGGUGAUCGUGGGCGAGGAGACGGUCUGCGUCAAAGACGAACCGGAGGAGGUGGUCAUCCCCACCUGCGACGAGCAGAGCCAGGCGGACGACCUCCUCUCCGGCGCCUCCCCCUUCAACCAGCUGGACAAGGAAGCCUUCCUGGUGGACAGCGACUCUGGAUACGAGGGGUCUCCCUCCCCCUUCAGCGACAUGUGUUCUGAGAGCUCUUGGGAAGACAUGUUCGCUAACGAACUCUUUCCCCAACUUAUCAGCGUCUGAAUUCUGCCCAAAGUUUAAAAUAUCCUGUAAAUACACAUAAAAGCUAAUGUGUAAAUACGUAAAAUUUUAGUUGUAGAAAAGCCCUACGAACCGGUUUGUAUAAAGAACUCAAUACAGCAGGUCUGUACCUCUUAGUGCUGCAUUGACGUGUGGUAGGUGGAGUUUGGCGCCUCGUUGGCACCAGUUUGUACGGAGAAUUUAAGAUUUGCCAAUAAAUCUUUUCACUCGCUGUUCACAAUGAAACGUGGGUGAUUCCAGUAUUUGUACUUUUCAUUUUUAUUAAAGGGGGAGGAGGGGGGGACCUGUGACUUAUUACACUUUUAUUUAUUUGUGUAGUCCGCUUCAGAGUUGUGUCCAGCUGUUUAAGAAAAAAAAAAGAUUCUUCUCAUUUUUGCUUGCUCUCCUUGUAGUCUAAUGAUGGCAAUUAAAAGUUUUUUGCAUCGCA